GGGGAGCGUUUGCGAAAGGAGUUGGUGCGGGGGGAGUGAAGUUACUGCGCUUACUUUCCUGGGGUUGGUGUGCUCACUAGGUGGUGGGGAGAACAAGGCGCAGCAAAGCACCUCAGUGGUUAUAAAAUAACAAGGAACAAGAGAAAGCGCCCCGCUUUCUUUUCUCCCUCGUUUUUCGGUGGAGCUAAGCGCGCUGUAAGAAGCAGGCAGGAGAGAAGAAUGCUGGACUGGGUUUUCCCUUCCACCGGCAGGGGCGGAAAUCGCAGCUGAAGCCGGCCAAACUCUGUUGCCUGUAUAAUCAGAGAGCUCAGGCUCCUAACCCCAACCCGGCUUUAGAUUUAUCUGCGAUCAGGGGUCCCCCCCACUCCACCCCUCGAUUGAGAGUUCAACCAGUUUGAGCUACAGGAAAGGGUUUCUGUGUGUGUGCCUUCUUGUCUCCUAAAAAAAAAAAGCGCCUUCUCCCCUUGCCACCUCCAGCUGUACAUAUAAUUGCUAAAAAAAAAAAAUUGUUUUGAAAAGCUGGUCAAACUCACAUCCUGAUCCCCGGCUGCCCUCUGGUACCCAGUGCUCCGCUGGGAAGGAAUGGUUUGUCCUGCUCAUUCUAUCCCCGCAACGCCCGUGUCUUCCUCCUGAGCAAGUAGCAUGAGCAUGGCAAACGAAACAUACCUCUUCAUAAAAGAUAUAAAGCCCGGACUGAAAAAUGUAAAUGUCGUCUUUAUUGUACUGGAGAUAGGGCGUGUUACCAAAACCAAAGACGGACAUGAGGUCAGGGCGUGCAAAGUAGCUGACAAGACAGGAAGCAUCACCAUCUCUGUGUGGGAUGAGCUUGGCAGCCUCAUCCAGCCAGGUGAUAUUAUUCGGUUGACCAAAGGGUAUGCCUCUCUGUGGAAAGGAUGCCUUACGCUUUAUACCGGAAGGGGAGGUGACCUGCAAAAAAUUGGGGAGUUCUGCAUGGUGUAUUCAGAAGUGCCCAACUUCAGCGAACCCAGUUCAGAUCACCCUGGGCAGCCAAAUAAAGUGGCACAGGGUGAGCAGGCUAAUAAUUCCAUUCUGUCAGCUAAUUCGGGUACUUGUACUUUUGGGCCAACUGGAAAUGGUUUGCCGACUGGACCAGAGCUGAGUGGAUUGUCCACUGCUUAUAAUCAUGCCCCCACCUAUGCAGGUUCUGGGAGGUCUGGCGGACGGGGCCCCGCUCCUCUUGCGCCUGUGCUGUCUAACAAUGCUCGUCCCUUACAAAGCACAAUUAGUAAUGGGAGGGACCCCCGCAGAGCCUCCAAAAGAUGACCAAACCAAACCCCACCCUGUCCACAUAGCCUCGUUAGCCUACUUGAACACUUGCUGCACUUUUAUUUAUGGUUUACUGUGAAAACGUUUAUUCUUUCUGAUUCUUGGCCUUCCAUUGUCUGGAGGGAGAGACUUUCUCACUUCUCUGCCCCCUUGCCCCUCUCGCCCUGCCCUGAUUCAAAAUUCAGUGAAGCUACUGAUCAUGUGUCGUCACCCUGGAAAGAAAAUGUGUGGAAAUAUAGAAGCCUAUUUGAAAAUAGAUUUCCUCGUUAAAUAUUAGUUGCCGUUUUCCAAAAGGUGGCCCAGUUUUGGCUGGAUAAGUAUUUUUUUUAUUUUGGGUUUAGUUUGUGUGAUGCAGCCUUAAGAUGUUUGCUUAUUUCCUUUCUGCUCCUGGGACUGACACACAUCCCAGUUGGUGGGAGCUUGUGAUAAGUGGGGUGGGGGUGGGGAGGGGUAGGAAGAAGUUCCAUCUAACAAGCCAGUUCUCAAUUAAAAAUUUCUAACAAUAAGUGCAGAUGAACUAUCCAAGCUGGUUGACUUGUUAUUUGAUUGGGGUUGAUCUCAUGGCAAGAUUCACCUGUGUCUUGUCCAAAAAAAUGUACGCUGAUAAGAAUCCAACUUUUACAUAAAAUAGAAAUCCCAGAUUUUUACCAGUUAUCCUGCCUUUCAGAAAUGCCACAAAACUUUUAAAUCUCUCAAACAUACAUCUCGUUUUUUAAUUGCCCUUCUCGGUGAUCUGAAGUUUUUUCAUACUUGAAGUAGGUUAUUUUAUCCUUUAGAGCUUUUCUUGGUAUCCAUAUUCCCAGCUGGUGUGGAAUUUCCUGGAAAAAAACCUUUUGCCAGUUGAUUCUGCAGAUUGCUGCUUUAGAGGAGCCCUGCUGAUCUCAAGUGGCAAGUAGUGGUUUCAAGAUGGUUUGCGUGCAGGGAAGAGAAGAAUGAUUUCAUGUACACAGCCAAAGAGCAUCCUAGACAUGAAAAUUUUCCAUUUGCACUGUUUUCCCCCCCUCUACUAGACCAUGAGAAUAUUGAAUCUCAGACUUGCAAAUUAUGCAGGACUGUUCUCAAGGGGUAAAUAAUUAAAGCAAUUGAGGCGCUCCAUCCUUUUUAUAGGUGAAUUGUGAAGGAUGCAGCAUAUAAUGAAAGGGAGAGGGCUGGUGUCACAGUAGCAUGAUGCUUUCAUCCUUUUCACAAAAGGGCAUUCUUCAGACAUUUUGAGCCUCCUAAGUAAGCAGCAUAAAUCUCCCCCUGGCAGCUGAAGUGGAAUGCUACAAAGAAAAGGUAUACGUGAUCAAUGAUAACAUUCCCUUUUUGUGAGAACCCUCAAUUCUUAAGUGCCUGUUAAACCAGGGGUCUCCAACCUUGGCAACUUUUAAACCUGGUGGACUUCAACGCCCAGAAUUCCCCAGCCAGCUUUGCUUAAAAGUUGCCAGGGUUGGAGACCCCUGUGUUAAACCCAAUACUUUUGCAGUUCUUAACUUUGGUGGGGGGGGAUUUUUUUUGGAAAAAGAAUCUUGACUCUGGCUCAAUUGAAGUUUUCAGGUUGCUGAGUUUGAGAAAGCAGAAUAAAACACUCGCAUUAGUACUAACUUUUACGGUUUAAAAAAACCUGUUUUGUAAUUAUUCCUGGUAGCGAUAAAACUAUCCGGUCUUCCUUAAGAUUAUGAUUGUGAUUUGGAAUAUAUCGAAAUGCUAUAAGACGACUGGAUUUCUCCCCCCUUUACUUUUUGGAUGAAGUCUUUAUAAUUAGAUUUGCACUAACUGUAUUUUAAGAAAAAAAUAAACUGGGGUUUUUUUUAAACUUUUUUAAAAAAACCAGUUUGAAACAAUGACUUCUAUUUGUCCAGAUUUACAUGGGUGUAAAUAUAAUUUCUGAGGGGACGCAGUGGCUAGGAUGCUGAGCUUGUCGAUCAGAAAGGUCAGCAGUUCAAAUCCCUAGCGCCACAUAAAGGAGUGAGCUCCUGUUACUUGUCCCAGCUUCUGCCAACCUAGCAGUUCGAAAGCAUGUAAAAAUGCAAGUAGAAAAAUAGGGACCACCUUUGGUGGGAAGGUAACAGUGUUCCAUGUGCCUGUAGUGUUUAGUCAUGCUGGCCACAUGACCACGGAAUUGUCUUCAGACAGCGCUGGCUCUUCGGCUUAGAAAUGGAGAUGAGCACCGUCCACUAGAGUCGGAACAACUAGCACAUAUGUGCGAGGGGAACCUUUACCUUUAAAUAUAAUUUCUAAAUAUAGAGGAUGUAGGUAUAUACAAAUUUUGGAAGCAUUUUUAAGCACUUCCUAUUGUUUUUUCUAAAAUGGUAAUGUCCUGUUAAAUAACAUUAGAUGCUUAUUGAAAGUUUCAGUAGUAUAUGAACUGAUUGGAAUGAAACAUGAUAGACCUGUUUGAAACGCCACAGCAUACAUACUAUUUUAUGUAAUUUUGGAUCUUGCAUCUUGAAAUGGGGGUGGAAUGCCCAUGACACAAUGUCUUAAGAAUCUGAUAUGUUUCCUGAAUAAAAUCUAGACCUGCAGAUUUUCAAACUUUUCA